AUCUUAAGUGAAACAACUGCAGCUUUAACAAGCCCUUGUUCCACUUUAAGCCUGGAUGCUGGCGAGCAGCUCGGAACUUGUACGGCUUGGUGAGGGGGAAGCACAUGAAUGUUAGUGGCCUGCAGCAUGCGGGCGUCACUGCAGCCCCACUACCCUCACACUGUGCCAGCGGCUUAAGAGUGCCCACUUUGCAUCCAAAACUUCAGUACUAAAUACCGAAAUAACACACAAACGCACACACACGCAGAAGUUCUUUACUUCAUGAAAUCUUACAGCCUGAAAGAAAAUCCUGCAUGUAAAGCUACAGUACGGCUGCGUAACUGCCUUCUCGGCCAGUCACAGGUCAGUGCUGGGGCAUGUUUGCCGCCCGAUGCGUUAUCUGUUUGUUACAGUUUUAAUAACUGAUUUAACUUGUCUGUGACGGAAGUUACGGCUGCCAAGGCCCCAAGCUGGAGCUGCUGCCAGGGCAGCGCCCAGUAGGCCCACAGCCACAAUACCAGCCCCGUUGCGUAGAAACCAGAGGCGACUCCAGAGCGAGCCCGCCCACUCUCUUUGAAUCCGAUUGGCCAUCCUGGCAUGUCCGUCAAACAGUGAUUCGGGACGCUUUUUUGCGCCACCCGGAAGGAUAAGGCGAAGCGCCGUGCUGGGAGAGGUAUCAGUGAGGUUAACGUUUGAGCUGAGUGAAACUGGUCCAGAGCUGAAGGAUGGCAGCGAAUCCCUCAGGACAAGGUUUCCAGAAUAAAAAUAGGGUUGCAAUCCUGGCAGAACUAGACAAGGAGAAGAGAAAAUUACUUAUGCAAAACCAGUCUUCCACAAAUCACCCUGGAGCCAGCAUUGCACUUGCAAGAUCACCUCUAAACAAGGAUUUCCGUGACCAUGCUGAGCAACAGCACAUUGCAGCUCAGCAGAAAGCUGCACUGCAGCAUGCACAUGCACAUUCCUCAGGAUACUUCAUAACUCAAGACUCUGCAUUUGGAAAUCUUAUUCUUCCUGUCUUACCUCGACUUGAGGCAGAAUGAGUGAUGCUGUUUCUCAGAACUGCAAAGUCUGAUUCUAGCCAUAGGAGGAACUGUCUGAUCUUUUAAUUCCUUUAUUUUUGACUCUUAAAUCCUAUUUCAUUCGGGGUUCUUGUGAUUGCCUUUGGAAGUGCAAACUCAACUAAUGAAAAAGCAGUGUUCUCAAACAGAGGUUUUUAUUCCAUAUUUCAGGCUGAGGUCAAACAUAAGACCUCGUUGGUAUGUCAAGUGCAUGGUGCUUGCUCAUUUCUUCCUUUUUAAAUAAAUGUCCAAACCUGAGUAAUCAAGAGAUGUACACAAUAAUAAAGGUCAUAAACGCUGACAAAGUAUACAAGUACCAUUUUUUUUUUUUUACUUUGAUGAAAAAGAAAGACACUUUUUUUCUGUCAAAGCAGAUAUGACUUUUUCAAGCACAUCAGUAAGUCACUUUUUUGACAUGCAAGGGCAUUACUGGUAUAAUACUGUUUGCUGUUACAGCAUUACCUGGUCUUCACAAAUCCUUUAUUGUAGUGUACCUACCUCUUCAUUUUGUAAACUAUGAAAAUGAAUUAAAAUCACCAAGAAGAGUGGAAAAAAUAAUUGUUUCAAGCAGUCUUUCAAUAAAAUAAAAGAAUCCUCUAAUUUCA